AUGGGAAAAGAAAACCAAACCUAUUUGACUGAAUUCAUCUUUCUGGGCCUUUCUUCAGAACAUAAGACCCAGAUCCUGCUGUUUGUGAUAUUUCUUAUCAUAUACCUGCUGACUGUGUUUGGAAAUCUGCUCAUCAUACUCCUAAUUCAUGCUGACUCUCAACUUCACACACCAAUGUACUUCUUCCUUGAAAAUCUGUCAUUUGUUGAUUUCUGUUUUUCUACAACUAUUGUUCCACAGAUGCUAUUUCACUUUCUGGUUAUGAGAAAGACCAUUUCUUUUACUAGGUGCUCAAUUCAAAUGUUUUUCUUUCUAAUAGCAGGGUGUACAGAGAGUUCACUUCUAGCAGUGAUGUCCUAUGACCGCUAUGUAGCUGUCUGCAAGCCCCUCUACUACUCUACCAUCAUGACCCACAGAGUUUGUAUUCAUCUGGUCGUAGAGUCCUGGGCCAGUGGAGCAUGUGUGUCUUUAGUCGACACCACAUUCACUUUGUGUCUCCCAUAUCAGGGACAGAAAAUAAUUAAUCAUUAUUUUUGUGAGCCUCCUGCCCUCUUGAAGCUGGCUUCAGCAGAUACCUUCAGAGCAGAAAUGGUCAUCUUUGCAAUGGGUGUCAUAAUCCUUCUAGGUCCUAUCUCUCUCAUUCCUUUCUCCUACUGGAAUAUCAUCUCCACUGUGAUUCAAAUACGAUCAAGGGAUGGGAGACUCAAAGUCUUCUCUACCUGUGGUUCCCAUUUAACUGUUGUUUUCUUCUUCUAUGGGUCAACAAUAUUUACCUACAUGCAACCUAAUUUGAAGCAAAUGAAUGAGGGAGAUAAGGUUAUUUCAGUGUUCUACUCAGUUAUAACAUCCAUGAUGAAUCCUUUUAUUUAUAGUCUCAGAAACAAGGAUGUGAAGGAGGCAUUUAGGAAAAUAUUUGUAAAUUAG